UUUGAUAAGUGCUGCAAGGUUUGAUUUUUAUAUAAGCUUGUGAAUCAUUAAUAUUUAACAGAAAACUUAUCAAGUAAACAGGAAAAGUUGAAAAAAACUUAAAAUCAAUAUGCCUGCAAAAUACGCCCGGCUUGCCCAUAAACAUAAGACAAAGAUGCAUCUUUCCUGAAGCAAGAAACGAAAGAAUUAAUAUCUAAUAAUGACUGAGCCUAUCUAAAGUAUCUUUAGGUAAUCUAUGUAGGUACCCUUCCCGUUAGACACAUAAAAUCCAAGUUCUUCUGCUGCCAAUCUAACAUUUCCCUUUCAAAACUAACUACCUUCUAAAGUGCCCCACAGUUAUGUACACCUGAAACCAAACCGUGCAGAUUAGCAACGUGGGGCUUCGUUCUAGAACCCGCAAGCUAUCUACUUAGCCGUCACCCGCCCCAGUGUCCACCCACCAUUUUCAUGGAUACCUCGUCAUUUCCCAAUAAUAAGACGUGCUUUUUUAAUUAGAAGACAACACCUGGAGGUGGAAUUUUCAAGGAUUCUUCACACCUCUACACCAAAAUGGCAGACGAACCAGAAUGCCAACUGCGCCGGCGAAAGGUAUCAGGCAACCCUAACCUGCCUUUGAACCUGGACGUGGAAUACCUGGUCAGCGACGGAGACCCCGACCAGGGCACGCCCUCACCUAGCAAUGUUAGGCGCUUGUCUCAUCAGAAACAGAAGUCGUCGUCUUCAGCACUCCUCGACUAUAAGAAUAAGCAGCAAUCUUUUGAUAUUCAGGUUGAGGAGUGCGAAGAAGAAGAGAUAAUAAUAGAGAGUGAAGACGACGACGAGGACAAUGCUGAGGGCGGCGAUGAUCGCUCCAUCACACCAACGCCUAUACAGGACUUCGGGGCCAAUGUCGUGUAUACAGAAGGUCCGCAGGCUACAGACUUCUUGAGGGUAAAAGCAAUGGAAGCCGAAUGUUAUACGGACGUCUCUGACGCGGACACUGAUGAAGAAGGCAACUAACUUAAACAAAAUAAUAAUAUUACAAAAUAUUCUGAAAGAUAUAAUAACAAGUGUAUCAAGUACAACAAGUACUGUCCAAAUCUCACAUUUAUUGUAACGCGUUGAACCUGUAUAAGUAAAUGCUUUGAUAUUUUAAAUACGAGUUAUUUUUUGUGGUGUAGAUCUUUACUUAAGCAAACAAACGAAAAUGGCGGUAAAAGUUGCUUUACUUGCAUCAUGCGCAACCAAGAAAAAUCUUACCAGUAAAUAAUGAGGGAAAAUAAAAUAUAUUACAGAUUA